UAAUCUUUUUGGAAACUAACGUCAUAAGAGCUCCUCCCAUUUCUCGUGAACAAAGAGCCGUUCAUUCUAAUCUACUCAUCUUGAGAGCAUGGAGGGAGCAGGGCAGCUGCACUCGUGGACGUUAUUGUUUCUCCACUUAUGCUUGUCUGCAACCGCAGACCUCGUAAACAUCACAGCUGAAACUGGACAGAAUGUCACUUUGUCAUGCAGAGCCAACAACAACAACCUCGUUACAUUUCUGGAGUGGAGCAAACAUGGUCUUAGGAAAGGAUAUUUACUUUUGUACCGUGAUGAGCGGUUUGAUCUAGAGAACCAGCAUUCAUCGUUUAAGAAUCGGGUGGAUCUGCAGGACAGACAGAUGAAGGAUGGAGACGUGUCUUUGAUUCUUAAAAAUGUGACGCUUGAUGACCGUGGAAUAUACGAGUGUCGCGUUGAGACAAAAAGAAAUCGCAGGAAGAGAGCGAAUCAGGAUGACGACCCCGUUGUCAUCAUCAGCCUGAAUGUUGUUCCUCCAGAACAGAAACACAUCACAGCUGAGACUGGACAGGACAUCACUCUGCCAUGUCGAGCUCCAAACAACAACAUCCACCCUAUAGUUGUGGAGUGGAGCAGAGCCGACCUGGAUGAGUAUGUCCUUUUGUACAGAGAUGAGGGGUCUGUACUUGAGGACCAGCAUCCAUCUUUUAUGAACCGGGUGGAUCUGCAGGACAGACAGAUGAAGGAUGGAGACGUGUCUUUGAUUCUGAAGGAUGUGACGACUAAUGAUGCAGGAACAUACGAGUGUCAUGUUGUCCAGGGAGGACCCAGCCUCAAGAAGAGACUCAUUAACAACAAGCCUAUCUGUAUCAUGGACGUGAGAGUUGUUGAUCCUCCAGGAGGAGGACAAGAGGCUGAAGGGAAGGAGGAUGGCUCUGUUGGACUGAUUGUUGGUCUGUCAGUUUCUGCUGUGCUUCUUGUUGCUGCUGUCGUUGGUUUUCUCAUCUACAGACAACUUCAUCAACAACAGGAUCCAUACCAGCCUCCAGUUGAAAUGCAGCCUGUUUGA